CCGCGUCCGUAUCCAAUUGAUGAUUAAUGAUUAUGUAGCUGUCAACCUCAAAAGGGUCUCAUAUGAAAAAAAGUAGAAAACCCCUCUUCCUAAGGUAUACUCGUAUAGUAUACCCACUUCUAUUUCCCGAGUAAAGUUGCCUCCUUUAUCACAUAUAACAAUGCCAACGUGAGUUUCAGCAAUUUACCCUUAUGCUUUUUUUGUCCCCUUUACCAACUCCACAACCUUCAAUUUCCCCUGCAAAACAGCCUCAAAUCUUAAGGAGGUCAGGGACGCUACUCCAAGGUUUUCAAAGGAUUUGGUUUGUCUUUCAAGAUUCCUAUUCUCGUAGAUUGUGAUCCGCAAACCAUUAUUGCAGUUGCUUCUCUGAUUCGUUAACUGCUAUUUAGAGUUAUUGAGAGACCAUAAUGAGUACGCACCGUAUGUUGGAUAUCGUUUUAAAUGAUAUAAUUCAGGUGGUCACACCCUUACAAGAAGAUCGGGCGAUUCGUUAUGCAAUUAUCAAUGAUUUGCGAAGCAUUGUCGAAUCUGUGGAAAACUUGAGAGGAGCAACUGUUGAGCCAUAUGGAUCAUUUGUAUCUGAUCUCUUCACACGAUGGAGUGACUUGGAUAUUUCAGUUGAAUUACCAAAUGGUUCACAUAUUUCAUCUGCUGGGAAAAAACGAAAACAAACGUUAUUGGGGGAUCUUUUAAGAGCUUUGAAAAUUAAUGGUGGAUGGAGCAACUUGCAGUUCAUCUCCAAUGCACGAGUUCCCAUUUUAAAAUUGAAAAGCAACCGACAGGGUAUAUCUUGUGACAUUUCAAUUAAUAACCUGCAGGGCCAAAUGAAAUCCAAGAUUUUGCUUUGGAUCAACAAUAUAGAUGGUCGUUUUCACGAUAUGGUUUUAGUGGUCAAGGAAUGGGCCAAAGCACAUAAAAUUAAUAACUCUAAAGCUGGAACUUUCAACUCCUAUUCCCUCAGUUUACUUGUAAUCUUUCACUUUCAGACAUGUGUUCCUGCAAUUUUACCACCACUUAGAGAUAUAUACCCUGGCAAUAUGAUUGAUGAUCUUAGAGGUGUCAGAGCUGAUGCAGAGAAUCUUAUUGAAGAAACAUGUCAUGCUAACAUAAAUCAGUUCAUAUCUGACAAGUCCAGGCCAAUUAACAGAAAAUCUUUGCCUGAACUUUUUGUUGAAUUCAUAAGAAAGUUUGCUCAGAUGGAUUCAUGGGGGUCAGAGCUGGGUAUUUGCCCAUAUACUGGACAAUGGGAACAGAUAAAGAACAACAUGAGAUGGUUGCCCAAGACUUACUCAAUAUUCGUUGAGGAUCCUUUUGAGCAGCCAGGAAAUUCUGCAAGGUCUGUCAACAUAGGACAACUGGAAAAGAUAACCAAUGCUUUUAUAAGGACGUACAGCAUACUUACCUCGAAAAAUCAGAAUCAAAGUUCACUCCUGACCUACUUAGCACCGCCACAUGUGUCACGAUUGAUUACACAACCUGCUAUCCCUAAUUACAGUGGUGGUUACUUUCACCCAAGUCAGCCACAGCUGCAGAGAGCCGUGCACCAACGCCCUCAGUCACAGCGUCAUUUUCAAAAUGACAGACAAGGAACAAGCUCCAGCAGUUUAACUUCUUCAAGAGGACCUAAGCAGGUGCAUCAAAGCCAGCAGAUAUGGAGGCCUAGGAUCCAAUAGAUGAAUUGCUAGCCAAAAUACACAAGGGAACCUCUAUUACAUUUUGAAAGCAUCCCGGGUUUAGCUAGUCAAACAGGUUUUUAACAGUUGCCUUUUAGCUUACUUGUUAAUACAGGUAAUUAGAUCUUGUGUUAUAAUUAGCAUGUUAUUCUUUGCUGUUGGGCAUCAAAAAGUGAUUAACCAUGGAUUAUUACUUGACAUUUGGGUGAGGCAUUAUACUUGACAUGCAAUGUUUGGAUUAGACUCUUUUGUACUUAUGGUACCAUUUUGGAACAUACAAGAGUUUGCUUA